GCUCCUCCACUCCUCCCCUCAAUUUGCAAGUCUUAGAGUCACCCGUUUUACACUACUAUUAUUUACCCCAUUCCUUCUUUAAUUGAAAAACCUCCAUUCCCCCCCCCCUUUUGCACACUCAAUACCCUACUAUCGUUAAAAUGUGUUUCGGCAAUGCCCGUUUCCGCAAACGGCACGCACCCGGUCUCACCAAAAAUCCCAACUCUGACGAAUGGUUGAAGCCGAUAAAAACCGACAAGCAUGGCACCGGGCCCCUCCCACCAGCUCUUCCUGCGCCCCUUGUUACGAGGAUAGGGACUGCUGGCGUGAUGGGAUCCCCACCAUCCUUGGGUACCUCCGCGCCUGCCAUCGCUAUUGAGAGCCCGGAUAAUAUGCUUAUAGAGUUCAAUGCUAAUGGCAUCAAGGACUCACUUAGCACUACGCUUGUGGGUGCACCUACUGAUGAGGUUGAUGGAAAGCCCGAGAAAGUCGGGGGUAUUGCAUGCAAGAUUCCGGAGAUUGAGGAUGAGCAAGGCAAGCGAUCCGUUGAUUCCCAUACUAUCAACGUGAAUAUAUCUGCAGAGAGUUCUAUGGCGAAUAUUUUUGAGAAGGCCAUUAUCGAGGCCACCGCCGAGGAAACCGCUGGGCCCAAAGAUGAAAUAAAGGCGACCACUGGAAACUUCGAAGCCGCUGGGUUGGGGGACAUGGCUACUCAUGCUUCUGGUGGUGGUGGAAGUGAAGAGGGCGAUGGGGAAAAACCUGGAAGUGCAAACUUUUCCGGGUUUAGCGGUGAUUUUACGAGGGACGAUGGCAGUGAGGGUAGUGCAGCCACUGCAGAGAUCUCUGGUCAGUGGGUCGAGUGUGUCAAGGAAGUUAAAGGCACUGAGGCCGAGCCAGCUGUUGUUGAAACCACUGAAAUGGGGGUUGCCAAGGCCCUCCGCAAGAAAGUGGUUAUCACUUCACUUGAUCCAGGCCCGAUUGUCGAUUUCUCCAAUGUGGGUGGGGUGGAGGUGCCUGACCCUGCACUCUUUCACGAUAUGUACACAGGCUCUAUAUGGAGCGAGGGCGUUGCUAGUAGAGAUCCGGGUAUUCUGCUUGCACGCUCUGGGGAUUAUCGGAGAUAUGGUUUGGAGCCUCCAGAGGAUUGUAUCAAGGAUGAAGAGGAUACACCUGAGCUGACUUAUACUGCUGAUGGCAUGGUAUGUAUUUUGGGUUCUUAUUAGAAAGUGAAUAUUGACAGUUCAUAGGCAAUAACACCGGGACUUGUUGAGCGCUAUAUUAGGUUGAGGGAGUGGAAAACUCGUAAUGAACCUCAAAGUUAUUAUCCAACCCCACAGAGUACCCCAAACCAUGACAGCGGGGGGAAGAAACCUGAUCGCAGCGGUGGUGGACGCCACUGUGAGAAUGGGUCCGGAAGGGGGCAUCACAUGCCAGCUACUUUGACGCCGGAGAGCCGUUGGAGCUAUUCUGGUAACAAUUCCACGCUUGGUACGAGCCCGUAUUAUAGUAGCCCAAGUGACAGGUAUCGUACACCUCGGAACUGUCAACUGGGAAGUCCCGCAUCUUUUCCACCGGCCAAAUUGGGCGGAAACCGCGUUCCUAUCAGCAAUCUUCCCCGCUUUUGGUCUUGAGCGAUUAUUUUCUGCGAUUAGUGUUGUGGUUUGGAGCAUAGGAUUACAUGCUCGUUUUAAUUUGUUUUUCGUUUGAUAUCUUUGUGACUGGCGUUCUCAGGGACAAGGCUUCUGUUCGCUAUGAUAUGUAUCUGUACGGUUACUCUCUUUGACUGAAAUAUAAAGUUUGUAGUCAUAACAGAGGAAUAGUUUCUUCAAGCCUGCAUUGAUCUCACAUAAAGUCACUCGAUUUCCCUAAGCAACGCCUGCAAUAACAAUUAUUCCCCUAACGUGGUUUGCAAUAAUGCGCACCGCCAGAGGGUGAGCAUCUUACCCGCUGUGUGUUAUCACCGCUGAUCGUCGAGGCCCUUACU